AUGUCUCAUCGCGGCGGAGGACAAAGUUACAGGAAUAACUAUCAUAAACGUCGUGCGUUGCAAAAUGGCGCGCAAAAUGGAGGGCCAUUUCCAGUCGACAACACCAGCGAUCUAGACGAUAAUAAUAGUAAUAUUAGGUUUCCUGACAUCGACAGAGACCCACGGGAAAGGCGUUCUGUGAAAAGGGAUGCUAAAUUAAACAGCCGAAUUCCAUUACCUGCAAGAUCGAAUGAAGUUAACGCGGGCCAUGAGUCAAAUUACGGUGAACCCCGAGGUCGCCGUAAUUUCAACUCCUCGGCUCCAGAAUAUCCUAUCUCUGCCUCAGAACCGCAAACAGGGAGAGAUCAGAGAAAAAGCAGAGUAAAUGCUGUCAAAAGAGUUACAUUUUAUCGAAAUGGAGAUAAGCAUUUCAAAGGAGUUGAAAUGGUUGUGACCAAGCAACGCUAUCGAUCAUUUGACACCAUUGUGGAGGAUCUUUCGAAAGCAAUUCCACUUCCGUACGGGGUCAGAACGGUGUUUUCUCCCGGCGGAAGCACGGUAGAGUCUAUGAGUCAGUUGGAAGAUGGAAGAUAUUAUAUCUGUUCUUCAGGAGAUCAGCUUAUUAAGAACGUCGAUUAUGGUAAAAAACCGAAAGAUAAAGAAAAACCUCGCAGGCUUGAUGGAGAGAGUUCUUCUGAAGCCUCCUCGAUUUCCACCGCCUCAAGUAGAGAUUCGAGAUUUGGCGGGAGUAAUGGUAACACGAAACCGCGAGUUGUGACUGUGAUAAGCGAGUACGAUAAAAACAAGAAAUGCAAGCUUUUAUUGAACAGGAAAACGGUGAAAAGUUAUGAGGACGUUUUAAAGGACAUUUCUGACAUGCUGAAGUUUACGGUUCGGGAACUACGUACGGUAGAUGGCGAUAAGGUAAGCAUUCCAAACUUAUAAACAGAUUCGUCAAACGUUUAUACGAAUCACAUUUUGCAAGAAAAUCAGUAAACUUGUCGGGUUUAAUUGAGAUUUUGCUAAAAUAAUUAGCCCCGCAGGCACCUGCCUGUCCUGUUUAGAAAAAAACAAACAAGAAAUAAUCUCGAAAUUGAGCAAAAUUGUAAAUGGACACAUUCUUUGUAUUAUAGAUGUUCUUUAUGUUUAUUCUCUGCUUUUGAAAAUAACAAAAGAUAAAAACGUUUUGGAUAUCCGUUUCUUUGAAAAGAUUUCUGAAAAUACACAAGAUUUUGGUGUGCCUGAGACGUGAUCAACUAUUCCUGUAACUAUUUAAUAAUUAAUUAUGUCUUGCUAUUUCAAUUACAUGUCUUUUAGAACUUUCAAGUGAAAUUUAUGUAAAUAUUCUUUCAUAUUCUCCUUUGCUGUGGUAUUUUUCUUAUAAAUGUAAAGUGACCUGCUUGAUCAGUUGUAACAUCAUAGAAAUAUCCAGAUAUAUAUUAUUAUUUUGAGUUAAAAUUCUGUAUGAUUUGUUCAUAAUAAUUAUUAUGAAUAGUUGGUCUGUAAAUUAUGCACUUCUUACACCAAACAAUGAAGACUUUUAUCAAGUAAAUUGUAAAAGUAAACAUUAGUUCUCUGCAUUCUAUUUUACUAUAUACAGUCAGUACAGUUAAUAUGGACACUGAGGGGGUCACAGAAAAUGUCCGUAGUAACAAGAUGUCCAUAUUGAGCUACUUGAAUUUAUAGAAAAUGUAUAGGCUUUCUUUCCCCAGGGACAAAGCAAGCUGUCCAUAAUAAUGAGGUGUCCUCAGUAAAUGGGUGUCCAUAAAGUGGGGUUUGACAAGCGUGCAAAGAAAGUAGUGUCUGAUAGCCCGGGGCUAGUGGAUUUUGCUAUCGGGCUAGUGAAUUCUGUUUUUAACUUGACCGACGGGCAAGUGAUAUUUUUUUUAGCAAUUCGAAUAACAGAAGAACGUAGUCAAUCCUGCUCAUCCAAUUUUUUUUGGCCUAAUUGAACGACUUUCGGGCUAGUACAUGCUAGCUACAGCUUGCCCAAAUGGCAAGCUGUAAAAUUGGUUUUCUUUGCACCCUGAUUAGAGUGUAUUUACGUAUUGUAACCAAAGAAACCUUGUAAAAGAAUAAGAAAACAAAGAUAUUCAACAUCAAACCUCUUUAAAUAGAUACCAAAGAUACAAAACCCAGUGUCCACUCAGGUGUCCGUAUUACAGUGUGGACACUCAAACCAGGACACUUGGAAGAAGAUUGUCCAAUCACAACAUUUUCUGAAAACAAAACAUUCUCAAUUUUUAUUACUCGAAAUAGACCAAUAAUAGUUAUAAAUUUUAGGGCUGUUUUCUGAGAGGUCAAGUUAGUUCAAACUGUUUUAAUAUUUUUAAUGUUUGCAUAGUUGAACCUUGAAUUUUAUUGGUCCGUUUGCAAAGAACUUGAGAAUCUGUUGUUUUCAGAAAACAUUGUCAUUGGAUAAUCUUCUUCCAAAUGUCCCGGUUUAAGUGUCAGCAUGGUAAGCUUACAUGUAUUUGUCGUAUGUGAGCUAUCUGCAGCUUAGCCAAGGGUACUGCCUGAGAGUUGAGAAUUUAUCCUUGAAGCAGAAAGAUUGCCUUUUAACCCUUUAAGUCCCAAUAUCCACAUACAAAUUCUCCAAACUGAUCUCGAUAUAAUUCCUUAAAGAAUGAGUUGAGAGAAUUUGAUAAAAGAUCAAAGCAUUUUCUCUUAGCUGAUCAUUUUAUUAAUUCUCAUAACCAAAUCUCUUGAUAAUGUAUGGAUAUUGUUAGGAGAAAAUUGAUGUUAAUCACUAUUGGGACUUAAAGGGUUAAUGGAUGUGUUCAUAAGGAGAGGUUCAGCAAAUAUUUUAGUGCCUGUAGCCAUUUGAUGAGUUUUGAAUAAUAUUUUAUUCAUUCUUUUCCAGGUGAGAGGCUUGUCCCAGUUAUUUCGAGAUGCAGAUACUUUCAUUGCCUCCAGCACAGAACAGGGCUUCAAAAGAAAUCUAUCAAACCCAUCGUCACUCAGCAGCAAUGGCCAUUCAGCAUCACCUCCUCAAAAGGCGCGUACCCAAAAACCCAGAAAAAAACCUAGAGAUGAAUCUACAGGUAUGAGCUAUUUAACUCUUUAUAAACUGUACAUGAUGAUCUCAGAAAAUAGCUGACAUCUCACUGGUUUGCCUGCGAAAUGAUGUCUGAGAAGCAAGCACAGAGAUUCUGGAUCGUUAGACAUUUCUGGGGAAACUGCCCACCUACCCCUCCCCUAAGCCAACAUUUUGCCCUAAGUGAGAAGUAAGUGCUAAUGUUAGCUUAGGGGAGGGGUAGGUGGGCAGUUCCCCAGAAACGUAUAAUGAUCCAAAUUCCAUUCUGGUGAUGUGUCACUACCCAGAUCUGGGUAGUACGUGUAAUAAUAUUAGUUGUAGCUUGAAGUUUCCUUCAUGAUACGACCAAUUAGAAGCACUACCCAGAUCUGGCUGGUGACACAUCAUCAGUAUGGGAUUUCUGCGCUUAUUUCCUCAGCCUUCAUUUUGUGGUGAAACCAGUGGUGGUGUCACAAAAUGUCGGUGGUUUCUCAGGCUAUACUUGUAUCGCCUUGCCGGAUAAAAAGGAAAACUUCUAUAAAAUUAAUGAUAUUUUAGCCUAAAAUAAAAGUUAAUGUUGGCUCAUAUUAAUUUUGUUCAUGGCUCAUAUUGAUGAAUGUUGAAAUGUAAAGUGUAUUUACAUACUGAAUUUUGUGUUUAUUAACUUUCAGUUCAAAGCCAGACUGUUACCAUUAAAGUGAAAGGACAAGUGCAUACUUAUCAGCACACUUCAGAGAUGGAUAACUACACAAUUGAUGACACACCAGUGUCACCUCCAGACUCCAGGCUUCAGAUGUCCUGGGUGUAUCUUUUAACUUCUCUUUACCAAGAAUAGCUCAUAAACUUGUAGUGUUCAACAAUGAAACCUUGUAGUGAAAUAUGUUUUUUGAACCCAGGGAUCCUGUCAAAUAUUAGUGGGAUAUGAUCUUCAAUCUGGUUGAGGGUAGUCGUGAAUAAAUGGUAUUGUCAAUGGUGACUGAUGUUGCGACAAACUGUGUAGUAGUUCUUAUAUGUGUGAAAAUGAGUCAAUAAUCAUAAAUCAACCUAAUAGAUUUUAGUUUUCUUAAUAACCAUCUGUUUUCCUUGACAUGAUGAUAUUAAUAGAUAUGGUUACCAUGGUAAAGACACUUUUAACAAUUUACACACUUUGCCAUCAGGAGAGAUGCUGUACUUUGUUUCCACAAUAGCUGUCAUUUAUAACAAGGAGACAAACAAUCAGCAGCAUUACACAGGCCAUGCAGAUGACAUUAAAUGGUAUAAUAAUUAUUCAUGCAUUUAUUUUUAAUAAAUGUUGCUGUUCAUACUUUGAUACUUUGAUACAUGGCUGCGUGGCCAGUGUGUUGGACUCGCAAUCCAGCAGUCCCAGAUUCACAUUCCCCUCUGGCCACUUGCUGGAUUUGUUCUCGGUCUUCCCUCGUUCAAAUCCACGGCCACGCUCGUAAUCAGCCAACCUGUUGCCUCCUGUGAGGUGGGAGUUUUAACCCUUUAAGCCCUAAGAGUGAUCAAUGUCAAAUUUCUCCUUGUAGUAUCACUUCUUUAUAAAACACAGUGGUCAUGAGAAUUGAGGACCUGAUCACACAAGAUGAAUCUAAUUGAUACUUCAAUAAUUUCUCCCCACUACUUCUAUUGAAAACAAAUAGGGACAGCAAAUGAGAAUUUGAAUUUUGAUAUUAGGGUUUAAAGGGUUAAUCCUGUUAUGUUCUAUUUGGAUUCUUUGUUUCAGAAUUAUUUAAGUGGAGUGCCUGUACACUUGUUGGAUAAACUGAAUGCACUUUCCACUAUAAACAAACAUAUUUUAAUCUUUGAACAAUGUUAAUACAAGGCUUAUUGUUCUCUUUUGCAGCAUGGCCAUUCAUCCAAACCAGUGGUACAUAGCAACAGGCCAAGCAUCUGGUUUGUCUGUCGACCAAAAUGAACUUGUAAGUCUUGUUCUUUUGGAGUCACUUUUGAUUACAUUGCCACACUAUACUGUGUGAAAAUGCAACUGUGUGUUAUCUAAUAAUUAAUGUUUAUCGAGUGCCUGUAACAACGCCACAAGUGACUCUGAUAAAACGACAGAUUCUCCUUUUACUUGCCUUGUACUUACUUGGUAAUCAAGAGGAGAAUCUGAAAUUAGAUCAGGAGUCACUAAGGAACUUAUUGCAGGUUAUUUCCAGUAGUCAUUUCAGCCUUUCAAUAUUUAAAAGCAAUUUAAAUAGGAGUUUUUAAUCUGAUAGGUUUUGAGCUAACUUGCUUAUUAAAAACUGCAAAAUAAAAUAAAAUUGAGUAUUUGUAUGCGAAGCCAGGCAAAUAAAAAUAAGCAUGAAAUGACUUUCGAGUUAGUGAACAUUUAGACAAAAGGACUCUUUUUGCUUUUUGUCUUCAUUGAAGCUUUCUGCAAAGUUAUUGUUUGUAUUUGGUGACCCUUAUUAUAAAAUAAUAGCGAUUUUUAUGGUGGCUGUGUUUUUCCGUCAACAGAGUCAUAUUCGUAUCUGGGAUGCAGAGACCCUGAUAACUUUAGCUGUUUUAUCUUUACAAGACUACAAUCUAAGCAUUUCCUGUCUGGCAUUCUCUCAAGAGGUCUGUUGGCUUAGACAAUCCUUACAUCUAUUUAUUAUGCAUGAUAACAAGUACUCUGAUGAGGGGUUGGGAGCUUCAUGCACCAGCGAGUUCUUGGCAUGAUGAAAGAUCAGGCAAACUGGAUAAGCCAUGGGUUCAGCUCAGCUAAGGCUGCCCUGAUAGUGAUGAUGAUAAUGAUGAUGGUGGCAUGUGCUGAUAGAAUACCGUAAAAUUCCGAAAAUAAGCCCCUCCAUGUAUAAGCCCCCCAAACUCGUAACGCAAAAAACCCUCCGUUGAAUUGCCCUCCAAAUAUAAGCCCCCCCCCGAGGGGCUUGUGCUUUGAAAUUGCCCUCAAAUACAAAGUUAAAGAAAGCAAAAAUGGUAAAUUUCCUUCCAACUAUAAGGCCAGCCCAAUCGAUUUUGAAACGCAAUUUUCCCUCUGUAGAUAAGACCCUCCAAAAAUAAGACCCUCAAAAAGGGCCUUUGAAAAAUAUAAGCCCAGGGCUUAUUUUCGGAAUUUUACAGUAUGACCAGUUUGCAGACAGUUGCAUUCAAGUUGAACCCAACAGCCUGUUUUGCAUUAUUUUAGAUAAAAUUGCCUGAGGAGUGCCACACAUGCCAUUUAGUAUGAAACUAACUAGUAAUAAAAAUACUAAGUUGGUUCUUUAAUUGAUAUCAGAUUGCCUAGAUAUUAGGAUUUAGAUCCAUUAAAUGAGGUAUUCUUCAUAUUAAGCAAAUUGUUAUUCCAAGCCCUUCAAAAAUUUUUUUCAAUUUAAUAUUUUCAUUUGCAGGAUAAUGGCAAACAGCUGGCCUGUGUGGAUGCAUCGGAUGAUGAUUAUCACCUCAGUGUAUGGGACUGGGAAGAGAGAGCUAUCAUGCAACAGAGCAAGGUGAUUAGUCCAAUGGUUAUUAAAAUAAGUAGUAUUUUUAGUUUGCAAUUAGGCUGAUUAUUAGCAGGCUAUGAAAGGACAAGUGCAUACUUAUCAGCACACUUCAGAGAUGGAUAACUACACAAUUGAUGACACACCAGUGUCACCUCCAGACUCCAGGCUUCAGAUGUCCUGGGUGUAUCUUUUAACUUCUCUUUACCAAGAAUAGCUCAUAAACUUGUAGUGUUCAACAAUGAAACCUUGUAGUGAAAUAUGUUUUUUGAACCCAGGGAUCCUGUCAAAUAUUAGUGGGAUAUGAUCUUCAAUCUGGUUGAGGGUAGUCGUGAAUAAAUGGUAUUGUCAAUGGUGACUGAUGUUGCGACAAACUGUGUAGUAGUUCUUAUAUGUGUGAAAAUGAGUCAAUAAUCAUAAAUCAACCUAAUAGAUUUUAGUUUUCUUAAUAACCAUCUGUUUUCCUUGACAUGAUGAUAUUAAUAGAUAUGGUUACCAUGGUAAAGACACUUUUAACAAUUUACACACUUUGCCAUCAGGAGAGAUGCUGUACUUUGUUUCCACAAUAGCUGUCAUUUAUAACAAGGAGACAAACAAUCAGCAGCAUUACACAGGCCAUGCAGAUGACAUUAAAUGGUAUAAUAAUUAUUCAUGCAUUUAUUUUUAAUAAAUGUUGCUGUUCAUACUUUGAUACUUUGAUACAUGGCUGCGUGGCCAGUGUGUUGGACUCGCAAUCCAGCAGUCCCAGAUUCACAUUCCCCUCUGGCCACUUGCUGGAUUUGUUCUCGGUCUUCCCUCGUUCAAAUCCACGGCCACGCUCGUAAUCAGCCAACCUGUUGCCUCCUGUGAGGUGGGAGUUUUAACCCUUUAAGCCCUAAGAGUGAUCAAUGUCAAAUUUCUCCUUGUAGUAUCACUUCUUUAUAAAACACAGUGGUCAUGAGAAUUGAGGACCUGAUCACACAAGAUGAAUCUAAUUGAUACUUCAAUAAUUUCUCCCCACUACUUCUAUUGAAAACAAAUAGGGACAGCAAAUGAGAAUUUGAAUUUUGAUAUUAGGGUUUAAAGGGUUAAUCCUGUUAUGUUCUAUUUGGAUUCUUUGUUUCAGAAUUAUUUAAGUGGAGUGCCUGUACACUUGUUGGAUAAACUGAAUGCACUUUCCACUAUAAACAAACAUAUUUUAAUCUUUGAACAAUGUUAAUACAAGGCUUAUUGUUCUCUUUUGCAGCAUGGCCAUUCAUCCAAACCAGUGGUACAUAGCAACAGGCCAAGCAUCUGGUUUGUCUGUCGACCAAAAUGAACUUGUAAGUCUUGUUCUUUUGGAGUCACUUUUGAUUACAUUGCCACACUAUACUGUGUGAAAAUGCAACUGUGUGUUAUCUAAUAAUUAAUGUUUAUCGAGUGCCUGUAACAACGCCACAAGUGACUCUGAUAAAACGACAGAUUCUCCUUUUACUUGCCUUGUACUUACUUGGUAAUCAAGAGGAGAAUCUGAAAUUAGAUCAGGAGUCACUAAGGAACUUAUUGCAGGUUAUUUCCAGUAGUCAUUUCAGCCUUUCAAUAUUUAAAAGCAAUUUAAAUAGGAGUUUUUAAUCUGAUAGGUUUUGAGCUAACUUGCUUAUUAAAAACUGCAAAAUAAAAUAAAAUUGAGUAUUUGUAUGCGAAGCCAGGCAAAUAAAAAUAAGCAUGAAAUGACUUUCGAGUUAGUGAACAUUUAGACAAAAGGACUCUUUUUGCUUUUUGUCUUCAUUGAAGCUUUCUGCAAAGUUAUUGUUUGUAUUUGGUGACCCUUAUUAUAAAAUAAUAGCGAUUUUUAUGGUGGCUGUGUUUUUCCGUCAACAGAGUCAUAUUCGUAUCUGGGAUGCAGAGACCCUGAUAACUUUAGCUGUUUUAUCUUUACAAGACUACAAUCUAAGCAUUUCCUGUCUGGCAUUCUCUCAAGAGGUCUGUUGGCUUAGACAAUCCUUACAUCUAUUUAUUAUGCAUGAUAACAAGUACUCUGAUGAGGGGUUGGGAGCUUCAUGCACCAGCGAGUUCUUGGCAUGAUGAAAGAUCAGGCAAACUGGAUAAGCCAUGGGUUCAGCUCAGCUAAGGCUGCCCUGAUAGUGAUGAUGAUAAUGAUGAUGGUGGCAUGUGCUGAUAGAAUACCGUAAAAUUCCGAAAAUAAGCCCCUCCAUGUAUAAGCCCCCCAAACUCGUAACGCAAAAAACCCUCCGUUGAAUUGCCCUCCAAAUAUAAGCCCCCCCCCGAGGGGCUUGUGCUUUGAAAUUGCCCUCAAAUACAAAGUUAAAGAAAGCAAAAAUGGUAAAUUUCCUUCCAACUAUAAGGCCAGCCCAAUCGAUUUUGAAACGCAAUUUUCCCUCUGUAGAUAAGACCCUCCAAAAAUAAGACCCUCAAAAAGGGCCUUUGAAAAAUAUAAGCCCAGGGCUUAUUUUCGGAAUUUUACAGUAUGACCAGUUUGCAGACAGUUGCAUUCAAGUUGAACCCAACAGCCUGUUUUGCAUUAUUUUAGAUAAAAUUGCCUGAGGAGUGCCACACAUGCCAUUUAGUAUGAAACUAACUAGUAAUAAAAAUACUAAGUUGGUUCUUUAAUUGAUAUCAGAUUGCCUAGAUAUUAGGAUUUAGAUCCAUUAAAUGAGGUAUUCUUCAUAUUAAGCAAAUUGUUAUUCCAAGCCCUUCAAAAAUUUUUUUCAAUUUAAUAUUUUCAUUUGCAGGAUAAUGGCAAACAGCUGGCCUGUGUGGAUGCAUCGGAUGAUGAUUAUCACCUCAGUGUAUGGGACUGGGAAGAGAGAGCUAUCAUGCAACAGAGCAAGGUGAUUAGUCCAAUGGUUAUUAAAAUAAGUAGUAUUUUUAGUUUGCAAUUAGGCUGAUUAUUAGCAGGCUUUUUUAUUCUGUAGCCUGGGUCAUAGACAUAAUCUAACCCCAGUUUAAUAUUAUUGUAACAUCUGAGAUGCAAUGCCAAAAUCCUUGUUCUGCAGCCUUUAACAGACCCAAUGAAUUACUUGAAGUGCAUUUCGAAUUUCACUUCAACCUGAUUAACCAACUACACAAUGGCCUUUUAACCCUUUAAACCCUAAGAUCAAAAUUUGAAUUCUCAUUUGUUGCCCCUAUUCAUUUCCUACAGAAGUAGUGGGGAGAAGUUGAUAAAAUAUCAAGUAAAUUCAUCUGUGUGAUCAUGUCCGUAAUUCUCAUGACCACUCUGUUUUACAAAGCAUUGAUAUUACAAGGAGAAAUUUGAUGCUGAUCACUCUUAGGGCUUAAAGGGUCAACAGGCCAACCAUGGUACAUACUCAAAUCCGGGUACACAGCUGGGAGCGAAGAACAAGGAUUUUGGUGCUGAUUCCCAGAAUUCACUUCCAGUAAUUCAUCUGUGGCACAGGCUGAUAUUCUUUUCUCAAUGUUGUUCUGCUUCCCAAGUUUUUCACCACCAAAGACAGUGGUCUGAUGCAGACAUUAUUUGUGUUAUUGAUAGGCUAUGUCCAGUGCGGUUGUUGCUGUUGCCUUUGAUCCAGAUGAUAGUAAAACUUUAGUCACAUGUGGCAAGGAACACAUUCACUUUUGGAGACUUCAUAACACCAGACUAGAGAGAAAAAGUGGCUUCUCUGAGGUACAGUACUAGCAUUAUAGCUGUGUGAUUUCCUCAAGUCCUCUUUAAAAACAAAAAGGAGACUGGGCUAAGUUAACUUUUGUACCAGAAAGAACAUUGAUUCAGGGGUGGGGGAUUUACAGCAUUUAAACAGAAUUAAAUGAUAAAUGUAUAAGAAAUUGUUGCUAAAGAUGCACAUAAUUAUAAGACAAGUGUGUCAACUGUAGUCCACUUCCCAAAGGUUCUGAUAACUUCUUGGACUAGAACUGUGGAUUGCAUGAAGCCUUGCUGUUGUUCCUUUGUUUUCAGUCAUUGUUAUUUUGUUUUUUCUGUCUGGCAGAAGUAUGAAAUCCCACAGUACUUUACCUGCAUAGAAUUUUCACCAAAUGGGGAUGUUGUUACUGGAGAUUCAAAUGGAUCAAUCACAGUGUGGGGAAAAGGUACAAGACAGUCACAUUUUGCUAUUACAGUACUAGUCAAGCCAGGUCAAGCAUACCUCCCAAGAUUCUGACAUUAACAAAUUUAUUAUUUGGUAGUUGUAGUCUCAGAUUCAUAUCUACAUAUUUCCUGCUUGCGUAAUGACCAGUAAAUUCACAUGCCAGCUGGUUAUGAUAUUUCUACCAUCUCAGUUUUCUUGAAUUUGAUGUAAAUCCUAAAGCAAUUUUGUCCAUAUUUUCAAAGAUUUUUCAAUCUGACCAAGUGCAGAGAUGUCAUUGCAAAAAAUUCACUGCUCACAUGUAUACUUGUUGCGGUAACAACUGACGGAUUCAUUUUACAAAUAAUCGAUUAAUUAAUGGAAUCUAUGGGAGUACGCUUGACCUUGCAUUACUGUAAAUAAUCCGCCAGCAGCCAAGUCAAAAUGAACCAGCAGCCGGCCAUUUUGCCACUUUCAACAGAGUAUUACCUUCUUCCAAAAAUUUAGGUUUAGUAACAAUAUUUAACUACCACAGUUUAAAAUUAGGUCUUUGCCACCAGCAGCUAUGCUCUUAUUAUCCUGCCCACUUUUGUAAAAAAUUUUUGGCCAGGAGGGGCCAGAGCAUCAUAAUUAAGGUUUAUUUUUCUUAGGGUUUCUCAUGGUUUAGUUUGAGGAUUCAGCUACUGGUUCAGCAUGACAUAAUUUUGCUAAUAUUAUUUUCCUCUAGUUUCUAAAAAGAUCAAGUUUGUUGCUAGGAAUGCUCAUGAGGUAAGAAAUACAUUCCAUAUUUUUAUAGGUUCCUGAUAAGUUGAUAAAAUCAGUUAAUUUAUCAGUCAAUCAGCAGGCAAUAAAAACAGCAUCAUGCAGACUUCUCUGACAGUCGCACCUCUCCUUACAGAAAUCUUUUUGAUAAUAAGUACCCCUUUAUUAGAAGCAUUUUUUUGGUGAAAACCUUGAUACCAACUUCAGAAAAUUUGCACCUCCAAGGUGUAGACACCUCUGCAACAUAAUUUGUUGAUGGUUGUUUCUGUUCCUUUGGUGUCUGUAUUAAAGAUUUUCACUCAAGUCACACAAUAAGGGAAUGUUGUGGUCAUUUGGCUAUAUAUUUUCGAGAUAUUUUUAUACAUAGCAAUCCAGGAUAGAGGUGUAACUGUAGCACAUUCUCUAACUUUGUUUUUUUUCACAAACAGAAAAGCAUUUUUUGUGUACGUCUGCUGGAGAAUGGAACAUUGUUGUCUGGUGGCUUAGAUGGCAAACUUGCAUUAUGGGAUGCUACUAAAUAUUUCAACACACCAUUACAAGAAACCCAGGUCAGUUGA